AUGUUCGCACCUACGGUACCCCUCACUACUUCGGUAAUAUUACCCUACCAUUGUCCCAUGGUCUGCCACCAGUCCUGCAUGAAGAUGUGCGCCGUGCAACUACUCCCCAAGACCUGUAUGUUCAUGUGUCAGAAACCCUGUGUCCAAAAAUGCGUCAUGGCCUCUCCUGUCCCACACGAAUUUGAGUUAAUGGCUGAAUUACCCUUCCCAGUAGCAGCCCCUCCUCCUCCACCGCCACCAACUUUUGCUGACGCAAUCCCACUUCCUUCAGCUGGUCCGGGAUGUAUGGGCAGUGGAUGCAUGAUGGACAACGUCAUGCCACCAAUGAUUGAUCCUUGA